AUGUCCGAACAACAGUCAACUCAAGAAGUUCCUCCAGCUGCCGAGGUUGGUAACGAAGAAAAAUCAUCAGAAGAGCCCUCCGUGGUCCCAGCAAACGCGAUCAAAGGCGGCAGAGAAACCUCUGACAAAGUUCUAUACGUUGGGAACUUGGACACUUCAAUCAAUGAAGAGGUCUUGAGACAAUACUUCCAGGUUGGUGGUGCCAUUGCCAAUGUCAAGAUCAUGGUCGAUAAGAACAACAGCAACGCAAAUUAUGCAUUCGUUGAGUACCACCGAUCACACGACGCUAAUAUUGCUUUGCAAACUUUGAAUGGCAAGCAAAUCGAGAACAAUGUGGUCAAGAUCAACUGGGCAUUCCAGUCGCAACAGGCUUCUCCAGACGACAAAACAUUCAACUUGUUCGUUGGAGAUCUGAAUGUUGACGUCGACGACGAGACUCUGAGAAAUGCUUUUAAGGAGUUCCCUACCUAUCUGCAGGGACAUGUCAUGUGGGACAUGCAGACUGGUGGGUCCAGAGGUUAUGGGUUUGUGUCAUUUGGCGACCAGGAAGAAGCUCAAAAGGCCAUGGAUGCCAUGCAGGGCCAUGAGCUCAACGGUAGACCACUAAGAAUCAACUGGGCCGCAAAGCGGGAGAACAGCAGCGGGAGCCACCCUCGUCGCAAUGGUGGUCCACGUAACGGAUUCCGUUACAACAACGGCGGCUUCGGUCCAGGCGGCAGAGACGUCCAUAUGCCACCUCCAAACUCCAUGGGCUUGCCUAUUGGCGCUGUACCAGCUCCUCAGGCACCCAGCGGUCCGCUGGUUCCGCCCCCAGUCAACCCACAGGCUGUGGAUUCCAUGAUAAGAAGAGCUCCACUGAGGGUGACUACAGCCUACAUCGGCAACAUCCCACACUUUGCCACUGAGGCGGAUUUGAUUCCUCUCUUGCAAAACUUUGGUUUCAUCAUAGACUUCAAGCACUACCCAGAGAAAGGUUGCUGUUUCAUCAAAUACGAUACUCACGAGCAAGCAGCUGUAUGCAUUGUGGCCUUAGCGAACUUCCCCUUGCAAGGCAGAAACCUGAGAACCGGCUGGGGCAAAGAAAGAAGCUCUUUUAUGCCGAUGAAGCAGCAGGCGCCACAACCACCUCAGCAGGAACAACAAGAGCAACAAGAACACCAAAAGCAACGAGAGCAACAAGAGCAACAAGAGCAACAAGAGCAACAAGAACAAGCGCAGCAACAAGAUUUUAGUGCUUCUGAAGCUGCGGAGCCAGACCAGAACUCCCAAUAG